AUGUCCGUCUUCGGUCGGUUCAAGAAGGGCCGCCAGGCAGCCAAGGAACACAAGGCUGGGCUAGCCGAGAAGCAAAAGGCCGAGGAGCAAAAGCCGGCCUAUCGUCACGUACCAACCCACGCGGCUAUUGACGCCCUGGCUGGGGCACCCUCGAGUUGGAGAGAUGACGACCGCGUCCGCAUCGUCGAGGAGAAUCGCAGGCGGAGCGCCAUGACGGCGAGCGGCACGGGUCACGACACCCCAGUACACGGCCUGGCACAAAAUCCGGUGCACACGGGAAUGACACGGACCAGCAGCACUCUCUCGCACGUCUCCUAUCCAUCCGUCUAUGCCAACCCCGUUGUGCGCUUGCCGAGGGCUCACAGUUAUAACGGGAGCAUCCAUCCUCCAUGGGGCGAUCGCAGCGGUGAGGUCGUCUACUCGCCUCGACCGGAUGACUAUUUCAACCCAGAUGGAAACCUGCCAGUUGCCUAUGCAGGCAAAGGGAAGGCUAUUGAGAGAGUCAGGGCAGGCAGCUCAGCCCCCUCAGUCGUUGGCAGCUCCAGCGACUCCACAAGUUCGGACGAACUUGAGAUGAAAGCUACCCGCCGUCGUCAAGCCGCAUCCGAAUCGCAUUCAGUUGGAAAUAACCGCAGCAGUCUUCCACUAAGCACGAGAGACACAGACUCCACCGCCAGUCUGCCCCAUAAGUCGGACCUACAGCAGACUCAUCGACUACAUCCGAGCAAGGGCCGAAAACAGGUAGACUCCUCAGCAAAUACUAGAGAUCGCUAUUACCCGCCUAGCGCGAGCCAACGCUUUCGACCAACCGCCCACAGGUCGGCAAGCUCACCAACAUCGACUAUCCCCAAUAUCCCACCUGUACCUUCAUUGCCACCGAUGAACCUAAUACCACCGCCAGUAUCCCAUUCCGCUGCUUCCUCUUCAUCCGGCCGGCCAUCAUCAAUCUCUUCUGUUGCGACAAACACUGGACCAAGCAGGCCAUCUGUGAGGACAGAUGCCGAUAUAGAAUCACCGACCUCCCCUAUCACCACCAACAUCCUCACUCCUGCCUCGCCAGCGAUUCCUCGCCCUUCCUCAAAAGCGUCAGAAUUCGAUUUCAAUUUUUCCACCACAUACACAAGCUCGGACUCCGAAUCUUCCCCGAAGCCAAGAGCAUUCUCAUUAUCAUCGAAAAGAACACCGCAAGCGACGCCAAGCCCCACAGCUACAUCGGGCUCACAACUGCGGACUACGACAGAAUACAUUGCUUACAAACCACCAAGUGUCCCACGGUUUGAUUUCGAGCAGGAGAUGGCGCCAUCAAAUCUGAUUUGCGAUGGCAGCAAUGACCCGCCCACGGCGAGCCCUACUCCCAGGGUUCUACCGGUAGAUUUUGACGAGGCGGCCUUCUCUCGGCUGCCUCUAGAGGUGCCUGCUCCAGAACCUCAACCACCGCCCUCUGCGCCGCAGAAAGUCGGGAAGGGCAAAUUGACAAAGACGCCACAGGUCGUCAGGCCUCCCAAAGCCUCUCGGCGGUGGUCAUUGAGCAAGUCCGGGCCACCUGUAGCCGGUCAGCCUUAA